CCCCUCUCUCGGAGGCUCGCAUUGAAUCGGCCCUAACGAUUCUCGGAUCGUCAUUAUUUGUAACCAUAGAGCAUGAAUUACCUCUUGAGGUCAUCAGCGAGAAUUUACGACUGGUCAACAAAAGCACGUGAUUCCCUAACGCCCCCCCACCCCCCUUCCAACCCCCCCCCCAUAUUUGGCCGCAUACAUAGCAAAACGAAGUACAGUGCAUCGCUAUAAUUCAUUAAUACAUCAUAAAUCGUGAAGCACAGGGUUAUAACGACCACGAUCCACAAAUCAAGCCCUCCAAAAUCACCCAAAUGAGCUCGUACUUUGUAAACUCCUUCUCGGGGCGUUAUCCAAAUGGCCCGGACUAUCAGUUGCUAAAUUAUGGCAGUGGCAGCUCUCUGAGCGGCUCUUACAGGGAUCCCGCUGCCAUGCACACCGGCUCUUACGGCUACAAUUACAAUGGGAUGGACCUCAGCGUCAACCGCUCCUCGGCCUCCUCCAGCCACUUUGGGGCGGUGGGCGAGAGCUCGCGCGCCUUCCCCGCGCCCGCCCAGGAGCCCCGCUUCAGGCAAGCAGCUUCGAGCUGCUCCCUGUCCUCGCCCGAGUCCCUGCCCUGCACCAACGGCGACAGCCACGGCGUCAAGCCCUCUGCUUCGUCCCCCUCCGACCAGGCGACCUCGGCCAGCUCCAGCGCCAAUUUCACCGAAAUAGACGAGGCCAGCGCGUCCUCGGAGCCUGAGGAAGCGGCGAGCCAGCUAAGCAGCCCCAGCCUAGCUCGGGCGCAGCCAGAGCCCAUGGCCACCUCCACAGCCGCGCCCGAGGGGCAGACUCCGCAGAUAUUCCCCUGGAUGAGGAAGCUUCACAUCAGCCACGAUAUGACUGGGCCGGACGGGAAAAGGGCCCGGACCGCGUAUACCCGCUACCAGACCCUGGAGCUGGAAAAGGAGUUCCACUUCAACCGCUACCUGACCCGGCGACGGCGCAUCGAGAUCGCCCAUGCACUCUGCCUGUCGGAGCGCCAGAUCAAGAUCUGGUUCCAGAACCGGCGCAUGAAGUGGAAGAAGGACAACAAACUGAAAAGUAUGAGCCUGGCUACAGCCGGCAGCGCCUUCCAGCCCUGAGCCCGCCCAGAGGAGCCCAGCGGCCCAAGAGCCCGUGCCACCCCCAGCCCUGGCCCCUUCAAUCCUCCCCGCACUGCCGCAGCCCGCUGGGGACCGGUUCCCACAAGCCUGCCUCGCCCCAGCCUUGUGUUAAGAUAUUUCGAUAUUUCGUUUGGUCUUAGGUCUUCCUGUGGCUCCCUCUCUCCUGGACUGGUUAUCUUGUUAUUAUUGUUAAUAAUAAUAAUUAUUAUUAUUUUCCCUACAUGCUCCCAACUCCUUUCCGCUUGCCCCAAAUCCACCAGUGUUUCUGAAUGUUUGUGUCUGUGGUUGCAGUCCUUCCCCCAGGAAAAAAAAAAAAAAAAGAAAUUCGCAUGUUUAAUGUGAACUCUCCCCUCCCCAUCUGUGUUCUAACUUAUUUAUAAAAGGAUGAUCACUGUAUUUUGAGUUUCAGCUGGAAACUUCUCUAAGGGGCAGCAGUUGAGGUGGGGUAGUACCGCAGUGGGGCCAAGCUGAACUGGCCUCGGAGAUGGAGUCUCUUUUCAUUCUCCUCUUCCUCCUUCCCCACUCCCCAGGCCCAAGUCUCCUAGGGGCUUGGUUCUAGGGUGGGAAGAGGCUGGGGAGGACCAAAGGGGUGAUAUUGAGAAGAGAGAAAGAAGAUAGUGAGAUUUAAAUUCCUGCUGCCUGGGUAGGCCCCACAAGGCCUGGUCUGGGAGUAUACGGAAACAAAAAUGAUCCUCAGUAUAAUAUGUCUUGUGUAUUUCUCUGUGAAUCCAUAGGUCUGGCUAGAGGGCCCAAAGCUUGUAAAUAUGGGGACAGUCUGGGUCAGACCCAUCUGUUCCUUACCCAUUUCGCUUCCAAGACCAUUUGUAGUGAGCGAGCGGAUGCCGUACUACGUGUGAAAUCUGUCUUUGCGGGGCCUGUCUCGGUGAUUCGCUUUUGGUAUUUGUUUGUAGCUUUCCUUGAAGUCAAAUAAAUGUUUCCCCCACUCCA